GUGACAGAGAGUGUGCGAGAGCGUGAGAGAAGCGCUGCAGAUGAUUGACAAUCAGAGCUCCGCGACGGAGAGCUCGCCGUGAGUCCGUUGACAUGGUUUAUAAACCGCAGGCUCGCGACGCCUCGCUCACACUUCAGUGACGGCAGCGCGUGGCGGAGAGCGGCGCGCGCGCGAGCGAGCAGCACGGGGCUCCGCGCCGAAGAGGACGGACUCGGAGACGCGGGCAGUCAUCGUCGCCGUCAUCGCUGUCAUCGCCGCAGCCAUCAUCAUCAGCACCGGAGAAAGACCUCCGUCACCCCCCCCCCCCUCCUCCUCCCCCUCCGCUUUGCCCGGUCCAGUGCGCAGCGCCAGCGGCAGCGGGCCACCAUGCACUGCCAAGCCGAGCUGAGGCUCUCUCCGCCCGGCCAGGUGAGGGCCGCCCGGCGGCGCUACAAGACCUUCAUGAUCGACGAGAUCCUGUCCAAGGAGACGUGCGACUACUUCGAGAAGCUGUCGCUGCACUCGGGCUGCCCGUCGCUGCUGGUGCGGCCCAGAGCCCUGCACUCGUGCCCGGGCUCUUCCAUGCGCGCCUACCCCCUCCUGUCUGUCAUCACACGCCAGCCCCCCAGCCUCCCCCACCUGUCCCAGCCCUCGCCCCCGGGUCGCCUGGCCCACCUGCCCCUGGCCUCCCCCCAACAGCCGCACGCCACCGAAGCCCACUGCAGCGAGACGCCUGUGAGCAUCAGCAGCGAGUCUGAAGCGGAGCACGGCGGCCACCGACUAAAGAAGCCUCGGCGCAGCCGCACCAUCUUCACUGAGCUGCAGCUCAUGGGCCUGGAGAAGAAAUUCCAAAGGCAGAAGUACCUGUCUACCCCAGACAGGCUGGACCUUGCUCAGUCACUGGGCCUCACCCAACUGCAGGUCAAGACAUGGUACCAGAACCGGCGCAUGAAGUGGAAGAAAAUGGUGCUCAAAGGUGGACAGGAAGCUCCUACCAAGCCCAAGGGCAGGCCCAAGAAGAACUCCAUCCCCACCACGGAGGAAAUCGAGGCGGAGGAACGGCUGGCCAGGUUGGCAGAGGAGGAGCAGACACGCAGGAGUGAGUUGGGAGCAGGGAACGGCCCCCAGCCUGACCCCCAGGACCUCAGCGUGGCGGGGGGCUCAGAACCAGGCAGUGCCACCCUUCUGGACACCGCGGCCUUGGAGCCAGUGACAGUCCCGCUGGACACGCGCUUGGCGAGCUAAAGGCACCGUGUGAGCGGAUGAGAACUGGGCUGGAAACUGAUGCCGGUGCUAAACACACCUGACAUGUAUAUUUAGACUGGUUGGAAUUCGACAAGAUCAGUGGGGCGGGGCGAUAGUUUGGGCAGAGCAUGGCUGACACCAGUAGCUUUUUCGAAAACAGGCAGCAUUUUCCCGUUAAAGAACUGAACAGUAUUUGUUACACACACACACACACACACACACACACACACACACACACACACACACACACACAAAGACACUGGGCAGCGGUGUCUGCAAAGAUAACGUGUCCCACCCCUGCCAGUGGUCCUUCCCGCGGUAUUUUGUGACUUAUACCAAAGGUCCACAGGGACAAGUUAUUUUUUAUAUUUUACAUGGAGGAAUUAUACGACAAUUUUUUUGGUUGCUUUUAUAAGGAGAAACCCAUUCGAUCCUGUAAUAUUCACCGCUCACCAGCCUUAGUUUUGUUAACUUGUGAAUAUUGUAAAUGUAUACAGUCUAUUUGUGAAAAAGGUGCCUUUCCAACAGGAUUUUUAAAGCUUUACAACACAAAUGCAAGCCAAAAAUGCCCUUAAUUAAAGUACUUCAGGUAUUGCGAAUAUAUGCAGUUUUUUUUUUCAUUUUUUUAAACUGUGCCAACACUGAGAUGCCUAAACAGAUUUUUUGCAUUAAACUUAUUUGACAACACAGUGGUUAUGCCUAAUGUAGCUUUAUACAUUUUAUAUUACAUUAGAGUUUUAGAGCUAGAGCAAAGUGCCAAAAUUUUAAUAUUGAAGAGAUUUAUGAAGAUGUUCUGGGUUUAUUGUUUCCAAACAAUAUCGUUCAAGAGAUAUUUGGGAAGGAGUCACCACAAAUGAGCACUUAUAUCGGUCCCUGCAUUUGUAACAUAGUUAUUAUAUUCUGUAAUUAUGUAAAGUGAAGUAUAUAUAUUCAAAAAAUAUUUUAAUUUGGAGAAAAAAGGGUAUGUAGAUUGCUUUUUUCAUGUCAGUUUGGACUCUGUUAUGACACUGGAGCGAUUUUAUUGCCGUUAGGAAAGACUCAAGAUGUCAGAGACUCAGAAACGGAUAAAUCACCUUCACUGCCAGUAUAGCACAGAAACUGCGAAAUGUUUUAAAACAUUUUUAAAAUGUUUUGAGCCUUCAGGCCUUCACAGGAGCAUCAGAUGAUUUAACCCUCCCUUGCCCCACCCAACACCACCCAUCUCCAUGGCAGACUGACAGACUACAGACAUCCCAGUAUGAAAUUGUAUUCAAUUGCUUGUCAACAUUUAUUUUAUGUUUUAUGGUCUGGAAACUUUUUUUC